GCGCGAAUCACGGGCCCCGCCGCGCCUGGGGCCUUGCGCACAAGGAGCAGCGCGAGGGGAGGGGAGGGGAGGGGGGCCUGGCUGAAGUAGCCUCCCUGAGUGGCGUAGGGUCAGCCCCGUAUGAGACACGGUUCCUAGCCCAGCCUCACACUGUCUCCUCCCCCCACAGGUCUGGCAUGAGCCCCCAGCACCAUGGUGAAGUGCUGCUCCGCUGUCGGCUGCGCCUCUCGCUGUCUGCCCAACUCCAAGCUGCGAGGACUGACCUUCCACGUAUUCCCCACCAAUGAGGAGGCCAAAAGAAGGUGGGUGUUGGCCAUGAAAAGGCUUGAUGUGAACUCUGCAGCUAUGUGGGAGCCUAAGAAAGCAGAUGUGUUAUGUUCACGCCAUUUUAAGAAGUCAGACUUUGACACAAGAGGUCCCAACAUCAGGCUCAAACCUGGAGUCAUCCCUUCCAUUUUUGAAUUUCCUUCUCACUUCCAGCUGAGACGAGGGAGAGUUCAUGGCAGACGAAACUCCCCGCUGAAGACACUGCCGGUAACUGUUCAUAACCACCAGCUGGCGGAUUUGGCUUCCAGUACCGGAGAAUUACAUUCCCAGUUUAUCUUGGAGCACAGUUACAGUGUAAUGGACAGCCCAAAGAAACUGAAGUGUAAAUUAGACCAGGUAAUCAGUGAGCUCGAAGAUGCCAAAGAACGGCUGAAGAACACUUUAGACAGGGAGCGACAACGCAGAGAGGCACUGAGAUCUGUUAUCCAGGAGCUGAAGAACAAAUGUCUAAUUAGCCCUGAAACAGCCUGUAAGCUGGAGGUUUAUUGCUGGGAGUGGUGUGAGGCGCGCACCCAGGAGCAGCCUGUCGUCUGAAGUAAUUGCAGCCAGAAUAGCUACAAAGUCGCCUCAGGCUCAACACUCAGAAGUGGGAUGUUUUGGGCUGGACAUCAGCACUCCAUGAACAGGACCGAACAGAUCUCCGGAGUAGCAAGUUCUCUACAACUGGGCAAGAUCCACACUCCUGGGCCUCCACUCCCAUCUGUAACAAAGUGUCUUGGUCUCUGUGGACUUUGUAGCUCGCACUCCUGACCAUGCCCAAAGACAAAAUAUACAUUUAAACGAUUGUUGCAUUUGCAGAGUGAGGCACCUCAAACUUAAGAACCUUAGUGAAGCCCUAAGAGUACAACUCAGGACUAACACUGCAGUAGGGGACUUGGAUUUUGAGUCGGAGAGGGUCUUUUGAGCAGGAUGUGGAGAUAAAUUAACUUUUGCAUGAACUUCCCCUAUUUGCCACGGGUAGAAGAAAGUGCUAUAAGAUGACAAGUGAUCUUGGCGUUAGCUCUGAGUUGAGCUGGGAAUUUACCAGGUAAAAAACAAGGAGUUUCUACAGAAUCAUGACCAUUUUGGACUGGACUUAAAUGACAUUUUCUAAUAGCUGGACAAUUGCUACCCUUGAGUCCAUGUGCAAAGCUCUUGAGAUGGCAUUUGAUAACAUUUAUCUGAAUGGGAUUAUAUGAGGUGGAUAACUGCAAUAAGCAGGGGACAGGACUUGAUGACUCUUGAAAUCCAUUCCAUUUCUCUGUUCCUAUUUCAUAUUCAGCUGUUCUUUUAAGGGUCGAGGUAAAGUUCAUCCCAGAAUGUUUUAAGAUUGUGGACUGAUCAUUUGUUCUUCUCAGUAUCAUGAGUGUAUUAGAUGCAAUGCACCUUCACUAAUUGUGCAGUCAGCACAGAGCAUGUUCCAGAAGGGUUUUCUUGGUCUAGGAUUUGCAUCAAUUUGGAAUGAGUUCAGAGCAUUAUAAACAGGAAAUGGAAGCCCUUUGCCAAGGACGUAGGUGGGAAGGAGGUAGCUAUUCUGGGCACUGUUUGCUCAGAGUGGGAGAAAAUUACAGCAUUUGCUAAACAACAGAUGAACUCAGUUCUCAAGGGCAGGGUGUAGCAUACUUAAUAGGGAAAGCUGCUAAUAACAUUUGCUUAGUCACAUAUCCACAGUGCUUACAAAAUCAGUGUAAAUGUAUUUACAGCAGGCACAGUGUCCUGUAGAGUAAAAUGCACUUAGGGCAACUUUUAUUGUUGUCUCCUGCGGUGAUAAUUCAGAUACACAGAAUCAGGAUCUAGGCUGUUAAAAAUCUUUUGCUCUUUCAGGAAGAGACAAAAAGCACCCUUAUGCUCAUGGUAGGCACAAGGAAGCAAAUGCACUGUGGUGUUUCGUAAAUAUUUUCAAACAUGUUUUUAAUACGAUCUAUUAAUGAUAAUCAGCAGCAGUAAAAAAUGGAAAGAUUUUAUAUGGGGCCAAUUCGGACUUUUUUCUUAUUGCCUCCAUAAUGUGCCCUAGAGUGUUCUAACCAUCCCUGUCUAAGCAUUGACAGUUGACAAAGAUCCUUCAUACAGCUAAAAAGCUGCAUUAGGCUGGGAUCAAAGCUUCUACCCCAGAUAUGGUUGUCAGACCAUUCAUACUAAUCUACUACAGUUCUUGAGGGGGGGUCAACAAACGUGGACAAGGGGGAUUCAGUGGACACAGUAU